GGUGAGACUAAUAAUCACAUUAGACCUUUAGUCUGACAUUGAUGGUGAAAAAAAGCCAUUGUAUGACACUAACUAGAUAGAAGCAUCUUGUAAUGGUCUUUACUGCUUUGAACCAUGCCGUGUUAAAACCCUUUUUUUCAAGUUUGAAGAAUGUGAACUGGAAUUGGAAACCAAAUCAUAUCAAUGUUACCCAGGCUGAAGGAAAAGGAUCCAGUCAUGUCAAGGUUGGGUGGGAUACUGUGUGUGGAAGGCUAGAGAGGAUUGGCUGCCUCAGUGUGACUGAGCUGUCACUGGUCCUGAUGCUGAGCAGAAAGCAUUAAAACUGAGUGCUCAGCCUGGCAGUGUUGAGAAGGGAAUCAAGUGUGGAACUGUUGAGAAGCUCAGAGGAGAGACCAGAGUCCAGCACAGAACACAACACACCUGUCCGACUGUCAACUAGCCAGGGCAGAGACAGUUUUGGCAGCGUGGCGAGACUGCCAGCUUCGAGAAACUUGUUUAGAGAGGAAUUGGAAACCAAACGAGCAGAGAUGGAAGCCUACCUGGGAGAGGAAAGCAACAGGAGUCUUGCUAGCGUGGACGCCACGGUUGGCCCACGCAACUACAGUGACCCAUCCGACAUGUUCUCCGGCCUCCAGCUUCUCCUGCGCUUCAAGCUGCUCUUCGUCCCACUCUACUGCCUCCUGGUGGCCGUGGCCUGCAUAGGCAAUGCCUUCUUGUUGGCCUGCAUUGUGACCGAUAAAAAGCUACACAAUGCCACCAACCUUUUCAUCGGGAACCUGUCUGUUGCUGACCUGCUCAUGUGCCUGUGUUGCGUUCCUUUCACUGUGUCCUACGGCUUUGAGGCUCGCGGCUGGCUCUUUGGCCGUUUCAUGUGCCACUUUGUCACGCUCAUGCAGACCUGCACCGUCUACGUGUCAGUCUUGUCCUUGACCGCCAUCGCCGUGGACCGCUACGUGGUGGUAGCAUACCCUAUUCGUCGCCGGAUCACACUCAAGUGUUGUGGGAUGGUUGUGCUAGGCAUCUGGGUGCUUUCCCUGGUUCUGGCUGCUCCUACGUCGGUUCACACCAGCUACCUGGAUCUGCACCAGAUUGGCCAUGACCUAAGUGUGUGUGAGGAGUUCUGGAUAGGCGCAGAGAAGCUAAGGCUGCUCUACUCUUGUCUGAUGCUUCUCAUGUCCUACAUGAUCCCCCUGCUCUCCGUCACUGUAUCUUACUGUGCCAUCACGGUUCAUCUCAAGCACCGCUGCCUACCAGGAGCUGUGGAGCAGAACCAGGCCAAAUGGAACAAGAAGAAACGCAAGACUUUCAUGCUCCUGGUCACCUCUGUUCUGGCCUUCGCCCUCUGCUGGCUCCCUCUGCAGAUCCUCAACCUGAUCCGGGAUCUCGACGUGGAUUUCAGCAUCAUAAACAAGCACUACAUCAACGUCAUCCAGUUCUCCUGCCACCUGGUGGCCAUGAGCUCCUCCUGCUACAACCCUUUCAUCUACGCCUCCCUCCACCACAAGCUCAGAGUCCACCUUCAGGGUUACCUGCGGCCCCGGAAACACCGCCAGAGCAGCCUGCUGUCCCUGCGUGCCUCCCGUUACAACAACACCUGCCUCAGCCUCGUCUCUGAGCAUCCCCCCAGGGACGGGAGGGUGCUGGAAAGCUGAAUGGUCAAUGUGCCAGGUUUGUGCAGAGACGGUUGUGAAACUGCUGCCCGGUGUCCGCCAUGUUGGCUCUAGCUCCUCUGGGGUUUGAUGCUGGAUGCCGUCUGCUUUUUCUUGAGACGCAGUGGCGACAGUUUCAUAACCUCCUCUACUGUAUUAAUGUUGUUCUCGUCUAGCCCAGGUGACAGUCGUAGAGAGAGUAGGCAGUGGAUGCAGAAUCCUUCUGACAGGAGUCAAUUCGAGAAAAAGGAUUUUCACUUGCCGGCAGGACUCAUUUAAAUAGUUUCAAAUGACGUUUUCACAUAUUGUUGCUGCUAUUCUUAUGACGUUGCAAUAGUUUUCAGACCAGUUAAUCAAAAAUUGAGCUUAAUUUGUUAUAUAGUCUGUGUUAACUAGUGGCUUUGAUAUAAGUUUAGGAAUGGUUCUUGAGUUAUAGUUAAGUUUGAUAUACAUUAUAUAUAUAUAUAUAUAUAUACACACACACACACGUCAAAACAACAAAAAGUCUGUUUAGGUUUCCUUUUGUAAUGCUGUCUAUACAGAACACUUGGUCACUUUGCUGAUUUAAUAUGUCUAUAGUAUAAGAUAUCUGCCAACUACAGUUGAUAAAAAAAUGGAAUUUAAAACGAUGUUUGAGUCGCUGUGAUAAGACCUUGGAAAGAUUAGAAACCAUACAGAGAACAGUAUAGAAAAUAGGAGGACCUGUAAUUUGAAGUUAUUUACCGCUAUCUGGUGAAUAGGCCUGCACUAAGUAGGUGCACGGGCUUGGCCUAGAUUAUAGGUCUGUGGGUUGCUUUGAGGACAAAAAUUGUUCUAAACAAUUUAGAAAGAAAACAAAAGAUAUUCUGUCUCUAGACAGUAAAUAUUUGCAAAUAGUUCUGUAAAAAAAUAAAAUUGGCCUUUUUUGUAGAUAUGUACCGGGAUAGAGUGUGUUGAAAAUGUAAAUGUUUCCCAUAGUAAAAAUGUUGAAAAGUGUCAUAAAGCAUUGUGAAAGCAUGGCAAAACAAAGAGAGGUAUGGUAUAGAAAAUAAAAAAAAAAAACAUGGCAAACCUUGGUAUAAUAUUGCAAACACAUAAUAUAACCAAGAAAAUGAAUGGGGGAAAAAUACACAAUUGCUGUGCAAAUGUAUCGUAAUUAACUUUUACAAGGGAAAGGCUGCUGGCCAUACAAGCGACAUGCCUGUGGAAGCAAGGGCUUAGGUUCUUGAUCUAUAUAUCCGGGACAAGUUGAAGUUGCUGAAUGGAUUAAUGGAGGUAAAAAAAAAUGCUUAUUUCAUUUUAACAGUCUAAAAAUAGGUAUUUCAAAGUUUCCACGGAUACACUAUUGGCUUCUACUGUAUGUAUGUCUUUUAUAUCUACAUGCAUGUUCAGUACUUAUCUAUGUAUUAUUUCAGUCGGGUGUUUCCUUCAUGUUGUGCCAAAACUUUAAUAAACUGUGUCAAACUUCACAACGUCAUGCAUUGA